AUGGCACCUCCUCGCCGCUCCGCCGCCGACAGUCAACGCGGAGGCGGGGCCAGCGAGAGAGGUCAAGGUCGAGUCAGAGGUCGAUCUCGGCGAUAUCCGACUCCUCCCACGCCGGACGAGAUCCUCUCUCUGCACGAGAUCUCGUCCGACGAGCCUCAAAAGUCGGACGUCGUCCGUCAAUCGUCCCAAAGAGCAUCUCAGCCUGCUUGGAGAGGCGCGGGUGGAAGAAGAAAGUCUGAAGUCGUCACCAUAUCAGAUUCGGAUGCGGAGACGUCCACGUCGAUGCCUUCCAACAGUCACCACACAAAUCGUCGUACACCCGCUCCAAGGCGGCGAGAGCCCGCGAAGGCGUCUCAGCCGGAAGAGGAAGAUAUUGAGAUGGAGGAGGUCGAUGUCACCGGUGGUAAUGCAGAAGAGGUUGGCGAGCAGGAGGAGGAGGAGGAGGACCUCGAGAUGGAGGAUGUUGAUGUUGGUGGUGAAGAGGACACUGCAGGGUACGCCGCUCUGUACAGUGCAGCAGUAGCGGAAGCCGGGAAUGAAGGUGAAACCGGUGACAGAGCAGAUCAAGGGGCGGGUGGAGGAGGCCCUUCCACUUCGAAUCAGCCCGUCUUCAAAGAUGGCAAAGGACAGCCGCCUGGCGUAAUCUCGUUGAGUCUAGGCGGGCAAGCGGCCAGGGAAGAGGAACAGAAACGCAAAGCGAAGCAAAGGGCCAACGAGAAUCGCGUCACGCCGAGGGAUCGUCAGACGCGCAUGGCUGUCCACAAGCUGGGUGCUCUGGCGCUGCUCGCUCAUGCCCGCAUCAGAAAUGCUUGGCUCAAUGACGCCGAGCUUAGAGUGAGUGGUGCGAACCUGGCCUGAAUAUCGGGAUCGCCUGCUUACUCUUCGCUGCUACGAUAGGAUGCUCUAUUCGAAGUCGUCCCUGCAGAGCUUCGCAACAAGCUGAAGCAGAUUCAUCCAAAGCGGGUUGCAAAUCAGCGCGAACGAGUAAGGCUCUUUGAGAUCUUCAUGCUCGACCUGGUCUGCUGGUGGGCAUACCGUCGCUUCCGCAUCGAAUCAAGAGCCGCGACAACCGCUGCUAUCAAGCAGCCCAACGCCGAUGUACUCGUUGGCAAUUUUCCGCUGCCAGGCAUCAGGGUGGAUGGUUGGAUUGUCGAGUCAGCUUUGGAAAGGGAGGAGAGGUGGAAGGCGGAGAGAGCGGCGAAGAGUCAAGAGUCCAUCGAUGAUGCUCAGCUACGGAGCUCGCCCAGGAUGGACCGUAAAGGCAAGGGCAAAGCUACGGAUGAGCCACACCCUCAUGCGCGUUCUGGCCGAUCAACGAAACGAGCCAAGGUCGAGCCCGCGACAGACAUCACGCUCUUCGGCCAAGGGUCGGGAAUGGCUGCUGUCACGCCCACCUACCUUCGGCUCGCCCCACCUGUCGAGGCCAUAUCAUGCCCUGCAGAUCUUCAGCAUCGUGCAGAGUUGCGGCAAGGCUCGAGGGAGACUUCUGCGCAAAUCUUCUGCUGCCUUUGUCGAGCCUUGGGCAUUCCGGCCCGGCUAGUCAUAUCUCUUCAAGUCGCGCCAUGGAGCGCUGGAGCCGCAAAGGUGGCCACAACUCAGGGGACGCGAGAAAAGGCUACCAAAGGAAAAGGAAAGGGACUUGUCGACAAGGCAAGGAAGAAGCGAAAGCCGGAUGGCGAGUUGACGAGCGACGAUGAGGAGUGGGAGAUUGGGUCAGAAAAUCUCAGUCCAGCACAGGCAAGCUCCUCCAAGCCGAAAGCGAGCGCCCGAAAGAAUCGCAAGCGAGAUGACUCCGACUCGAGCUCCGCAUUGAGCGAUGCUGACUCGCCGAGUCAAGCCGCUCCAGGCACACCAGCCAACAAAGGCAAGAGAAGCGCUCGCGCUGCCGCGAAUGAGUCUGGUGCUUCGAUGACAAAUUCGCCUGCAAAGCGCAAGCGCGCCAGCAAGGCCGAGGCACACGGGGUCGAAGAGUCCGCCGCGGGCACGACGAAUGGCAAGGGGAGCGCAAAGAAAAGAGCAAAGAAGGAUGCAAAAGCCCCACCUUCAUCCCCACGACCGCUCAAAGACGUUCCUUACACGCCGAAUUUGCGCAAGUCGAGACCCAAACAAGCGAAAGCUACGGAGCUGACUGCUGAGGACUUGUCGGACAUGGAGUAUGUGGACCUCGAAGCUGCACCUACCAUGUGGGUCGAAGUGUUUUCGAAACCAUGGCAAAAAUGGAUGACGAUCGAUCCGAUUCGUGCAAAAGUCGAAGUUGGUCCCAACCGGCACAUGGAGCCACCUCCAAGCGAUAGACGUAACAAGCUCGUCUACGUGGUCGCGUUCGAAGAGGAUGGCUUUGCGAGGGAUGUCACUGCCAGAUACACGAAGACCCUGCACUCGCGCGUCAAUCGUAUGCGGCCGCCUGCUCCAAAAGGCAGUCCAGAAGGAUGGUGGGAAAGUGUGGUGCGCGCAUUGCAUCGACCUCAAAAGCUUGACAGAGAUGCCGCAGAGGAUUUGGAGCUGGAAGACGCUGCAGGCAAAGAGCCCAUGCCAUCUAGCGUUGGAGGCUUCAAAGGACAUCCAGUGUACGCAAUCGAGAAGCACCUGCUUCGAGACGAAGUCAUUUACCCUCUUCGACAGAUUGGCACGUUUCAAGGCAUUAAGGUGUACCCGCGAGGAAACGUCGUCACCUGUCGAAGCGCUCGACAGUGGUACAACGAGGGUAAAGUCGUCAAGGAUGGCGAGGAGCCAUUGAAAUGGGUCAAGAGUCGUGGGUACACGCUAGCGAACAAGCGUGCCGAGGAAGCUGCGAAAGCAGAUGGAGGGGAGGCGCCGCAAGAGGGUCUGUAUGCGCCUUUUCAGACUGGACUUUACACUGCUCCGCAAGUCAUCAACGGCGAGGUGCCGAAAAAUGCAUUCGGGAACAUCGACCUCUUUGUGCCAAGCAUGUUGCCGCCUGGCGGCGUGCACAUUCCCUAUAAUGGUGCUGGCAAGGUAGCCAAGAAGCUUGGCGUCAGCUAUGCCGAGGCUAUCGUGAGUGUCGUGUGAGGAUGUGAUGUUGUGGGAUUCGACUGACCAUGACACUUUUCCGCUUCAGACUGGGUUCGAGUUCAGGAAAUUCCGCAGCAUGCCCAAACUCACCGGUAUCGUCGUUGCAGAGGAGAAUGAGGACCUGGUCACGGAGGUGAGCGAGCGAGCCCAGCUGCGUUCUCCGGAACUCAUGUUGACCAUCUGUUCUUGCAUCUCAGGCAUACUGGGAGUCGGAGCACGCUGCGGCCCAGAAAGAAUUCACCAAGCGGCAAGAGAGGGCGCUCAAGAAUUGGAAGAAGGUGGUCAAUGCUGUGCGCAUCGCUCAGCGCGUCCAACAGCAGUAUGGAAACGGAACCUCUCAUGAUGGAGCAGACCUUCGCAAAGAAGCCUCGAGCGCGGCAAAGUCUAGAGAUGCCCAGGCAAGCGAGAAUAGCAGAUUGCAUGCCCUCGAAGCAGAUGACCAGGCAUUUGAGCAGGGCGGGUUUCUUGUCGACGUGGAGGGCCCACCACCAACCAAUGGCAACGCUGGAGAAAAUGUCGAGCAGCUGAGCGCUGCGAAUCGAGACUUUGCUGCUCGUAUCGCUCGCUACGGUGCGAGACCUGGCGGCAGCAGUCACCGCGCGCACGCAGAGGCAAGUCAAGAGAGCGACUUUGAGGAAGAGCCAGAGGACGGCGAGGACGCGGAGAUGGCUGAAGAUGUCAAUCACGAUCAAUCGUCAUCCGAAGCUGGAGAUCAGGCCGAGGAGAGUUCUCUGCCCAGCGCACCUCGAAAAAUUAUCAGCCUGGCAUCCUUGGCCUCGUCCGCGCCCAAGCAUCGCAGACGAGGCCGCCAAGCUGACUUCCCGCUCUCGGAAGCAGAGUCUGCAUCAGAGCAUUCGGAUGGGCACAGCAAGAAGCCGCGGGCAAGGGGAGCUGCGAAGUCUGCUGCUUCUCGAGGUCAGCCACGAAGCGUCAAGGGCGCCAAGAGGUCAAACAAUGUCGUCAAUGGAUUUCAACCUUCGCCCCCAAAGACGAAGCGACCUGAAAGUGCAGAAGCACCCUUAUCAAAACCCCGGAUUCGGAUUCGACCCCCUGCACAUCUACGAGCGCGCGCUGGAGAUAGCGAGGCCAAUGAUGCUCGUGCAAGGAGUCAUUCGCCCGCUGACGAUCGUGUUGAUGGAAACGCAGCGCCUACAGAACAAGCCUCGACUGCUGCCAGGUCUCGUCGACGCAACGAGAAGUCGCAUCCCGUCAUUACAAUUCAGCCUCGUCGGUCUGGGCGCGUGACUCGAAAGAGCGAAGUUGCUCUACAGAGCGAGGAGACUGAGCGCAAAGUACGAGCACUGCGAGCGACGAGCCCAGAAGAAGUCGCUAGUGAAGAAAGCAGCGACGAAGCGCAGAGCGACUCAAGCGGUCAGGGCGAUUGA